UUGUUAUCUCUGAAGAUCCUGUCACAAGUCUAUUCAGUGAUAUGACCUAAGCACGCACCCAGCAAGGUUAACUAUUAAGUUAUUGGGAUGAAAGUUCAGAGAGCCUGCCUUUAAUUGGAACAUCAGAAUGGGAACUAGUACACUGGAAAAGAGUAAAGAAGAAACAGCACAAUCAUAGUAAAUUCCUCUUCCAGAAGUACUCUAGGAAGCAUUAUGGAGAAGUUCUGCAACUCUACUUUUUGGAAUUCCUCAUUCCUGGACAGACCUGAGGUGGACUUGCCACUGUGUUUUGAACAAACUGUUCUUGCUUGGAUUCCCUUGUGUUUUCUUUGGCUCUUGGCUCCUUGGCAGCUUCUCCAUGUAUAUAAAUCCAGGACCAAGAAAUCUUCUGUAACCAAGUUCUACCUUGCUAAGCAGGUGCUCGUUGGGUUUCUUCUUAUUUUACCGGCCAUAGAGCUGGCCCUUGUGUUCACAGAAAAUUCUGGACAAGCCUCAGUCCCUCCUAUUAAGUAUACCAAUCCAAUCCUCUACCUGUGCACGUGGCUCCUGGUUUUGCUGAUCCAACACAGCAGGCAAUGGUGUAUACAGAAGAACUCUUGGUUCCUGUCCAUAUUCUGGAUACUCUCAAUAUUUUGUGGCACUUUCCAGUUUCAGACUCUGAUCCGGGCACUCUUACAGGACAGCAAGUCUAAUAUGGCCUAUUCCUGCCUGUACUUCAUUUCCUAUGGAUUUCAGAUCCUCAUCCUGAUCCUUUCAGCCUUCUCAGAAACAAGAGAUUCAUCACAUAAUCCAUCAUCCACAGCUUCAUUUCUGAGUAGCAUUACCUUUAGUUGGUUUGACAGAAUGGUUGUGAAAGGUUACAAACAACCUUUGACAUUAGAAGACAUCUGGGAUGUCGAUGAAGAGAUUAAAACGAAGAGUGUAGUGAGUAGGUUUGAAGCGUUCAUGGCAAGAGACCUACAGAAAGCCAGGCAGGCGUUCCAGAGACGGCGGCAGAAGAACUCCCAGCGGAGCUCCACGCUUCAUGGCCUGAAUAAGAACCAAAGUCAAAGCCAAGAUGUCCUUGUCCUGGAAGAAACUAAAAAGAAGAAAAAGAAGUCUGGGAACACAAAAGAUUAUCCCAAAUCCUGGCUGGUCAAAUCCCUCUUCAGGACUUUCUAUAUGGUGCUCCUGAAAUCAUUCCUAUUGAAACUCGUGCAUGAUAUCUUCUUGUUUCUGAAUCCUCAGCUGCUGAAAUUUCUCAUUGCCUUCGUGAGUGACCAAGACACAUACGUGUGGGCUGGAUACCUCUUUGCCAUCCUCUUGUUUGCUGUGACUCUCAUCCAGUCCAUCUGCCUUCAGAGUUACUUUCAAAUAUGUUUCAUGCUGGGAAUGAGUGUGCGGACUACCAUCAUGGCUUGUGUGUAUAAGAAGGCGCUGACCCUAUCCAACUUGGCCAGGAAGCAGUACACUGUUGGGGAAACUGUGAACUUGAUGUCUGUGGAUGCCCAGAAGUUGAUGGAUGUGACCAACUACUUGCACUUGGUGUGGUCAACUUGUUUCCAGAUUAUCGUAUCCAUCUAUUUCCUGUGGAGAGAGUUGGGCCCCUCAGUCUUUGCAGGUAUUGGAGUCAUGGUUCUCCUAGUUCCAGUUAAUGGAAUACUGGCCACCAAGAACAGGCAUACUCAGGUCAAAAAUAUGAAGUAUAAAGACAAGCGUUUAAAAAUCAUGAAUGAGAUUCUCAGUGGGAUAAAGAUCUUGAAAUAUUUUGCCUGGGAACAUUCAUUUGAAGACCAAGUCUACAAUCUUCGGAAGAAAGAGCUCAAAAACUUAAGGAGUUUUGGUCAGCGGCAGGCCCUUAUGAUAUUGCUUCUACAGUUAGCUCCAGUCCUGGUGUCUGUGGUCACAUUUUCUGUUUAUGUUCUGGUGGACAGCAACAAUAUUUUGGAUGCAGAAAAGGCUUUCACCUCCAUCACCCUCUUCAAUAUUCUCCGCUUCCCUCUGACCAUGCUUCCCAUGGUGGUCUCGUUCAUCCUCCAGGCCAGUGUUUCUACAGAGCGGCUAGAGAAGUACUUGGGAGGGGAUGACUUGGACACAUCUGCCAUUCGCCAUGUCUGCAAUUUUGAUAAAGCUGUGCAGUUUUCUGAGGCCUCUUUUACCUGGGACCGGGACUUGGAAACCACGAUCCAAGAUGUGAACUUGGACAUUUUGCCAGGCCAAUUGGUAGCUGUGGUAGGCACUGUGGGCUCUGGAAAAUCUUCUUUGAUGUCAGCUAUGCUGGGAGAAAUGGAACAUGUCCAUGGGCACAUCACCAUCAAGGGUACUACAGCCUAUGUCCCCCAGCAGGCCUGGAUUCAGAACGGCACCAUAAAGGACAACAUCCUUUUUGGAUCUGAAUUUAAUGAAAAGAGGUAUCAGCAAGUUCUAGAAGCCUGUGCUCUCCUCCCAGACUUGGAAAUACUGCCUGGAGGAGACUUGGCUGAGAUUGGAGAGAAGGGCAUAAAUCUCAGUGGUGGUCAGAAGCAGCGAGUCAGCUUGGCCAGAGCUACCUAUCAAAAUUCAGACAUCUACAUUCUAGAUGACCCCCUGUCAGCUGUGGAUGCUCAUGUAGGAAAACACAUUUUCAAUAAGGUCUUUGGCCCCAGUGGCAUGUUGAAUGGCAAGACUCGCAUCUUGGUCACACAUAGCAUUCACUUUCUCCCCCAAGUGGAUGAGAUUGUAGUUCUGGGAAAUGGCACCAUCUUGGAGAAAGGAUCCUAUCAUGAUCUGCUGGCCAAGAAAGGAGUGUUUGCUAAGAAUAUGAAGACAUUCCUGAAUCAUUCAGGUCCUGAAGGGGAGGCCACAGUCAAUGAUGACAGUGAGGAAGAAGAUGACUGCGGGUUGGUACCCACUAUGGAGGAGCUCCCUGAGGACGCAGCUUCCUUAAACAUGAGAAGAGAGAACAGCCUUCGUCGAACAAUGAGCCGCAGCUCUAGGUCCAGUGGCAAGCAUCUGAAGUCCCUGAAAAACUCCUUGAAAAUUCAGGACGUGAAAGCAUUGAAGGAGAAGGAAGACUUAGUAGUGAAAGGACAAAAACUAAUUAAGAAGGAAUUUGUGGAAACUGGAAAGGUGAAGCUGUCCAUCUACCUGAAAUAUCUACAAGCAGUAGGAUGGUGUUCGAUAUUCUUCAUCAUCUUCAUCUUUAUAAUGAAUUCUAUUGCUUUCAUUGGAUCCAACUUCUGGCUGAGUUCUUGGACCAGUGACUCUGAAAUUUUCAACAGCACUAACUACCCAGCCUCUCAAAGGGACAUGAGAAUUGGGGUCUUUGGAGCUCUGGGGCUAGCACAAGGUAUAAGUGUGUUUAUUGCAAGUUUCUGGAGUGUCUAUUCUUUUAUCCAUGCAUCCAAAAUUUUGCACAGACAACUGCUGAAUAACAUCCUUCGGGCACCCAUGAGUUUUUUUGACACAACCCCCACGGGCCGGAUUGUGAACAGAUUUUCUGGUGAUAUUUCCACCAUGGAUGAUAUCCUCCCUCAGACCUUGCGCAACUGGAUUGUGUGCUUCCUGGCCAUAGUCAGCACCCUUGUCAUGAUCUGCAUAGCCACCCCUGUCUUCACCAUCAUCAUCAUUCCUCUUGGCAUUAUUUACGUGUCUGUUCAGGUAUUUUAUGUGGCUACUUCCCGCCAGCUGAGACGACUGGAUUCCAUCACUAGGUCUCCAAUCUACUCUCACUUCAGUGAGACUGUAACAGGUCUAACUGUCAUCCGUGCCUUUGAGCACCAGCAGCGAUUUCUAACACACAGUGAGACGGUGAUGGACACCAACCAGAAGUGCAUCUUUGCCUGGAUUUCCUCCAACAGAUGGCUUGCAAUCCGCCUGGAGUCCAUUGGAAACCUGAUCAUCUUCUGUUCAGCCUUGCUUCUGGUUAUAUAUAGGAAUACCCUACGUGGGGACACUGUGGGCUUUGUUCUGUCCAAUGCCCUCAAUAUCACACAAACCUUAAACUGGCUAGUAAGGAUGACAUCAGAAGCAGAAACCAACAUUGUGGCUAUUGAGCGAAUAAAUGAGUACAUAAAUGUGGAAAAUGAGGCACCCUGGGUGAUGGAUAAGAGACCUCCAGCCGAUUGGCCCAGCAAGGGUGAGAUCCAGUUUAGCGACUAUCAGGUGCGGUACCGGCCUGAGCUGGACCUGGUGCUGAAAGGGAUCACUUGUCACAUCAAGAGUAGCGAGAAGGUUGGUGUGGUGGGGAGGACUGGAGCUGGGAAGUCAUCCCUCACAAACUGCCUCUUCAGAAUCUUAGAGGCUACGGGUGGUCAGAUCAUCAUUGAUGGAAUAGAUAUUGCUUCCAUUGGGCUGCACGAUCUACGAGGGAAACUAACUAUCAUCCCCCAGGACCCCAUCCUGUUCUCUGGAAGCCUGAGGAUGAAUUUAGACCCUUUCAACAACUACUCUGAUGAAGAGCUCUGGAAUGCCCUGGAAUUGGCUCACCUCAAAUCCUUUGUGGCGGGCCUACAACAUGGCUUGUCCUAUGAAGUGGCAGAGGGUGGCGAUAACCUGAGCAUAGGGCAGAGGCAGCUCCUAUGCCUGGGCAGGGCGGUGCUUCGGAAGUCCAAGAUCCUGAUCCUGGAUGAGGCCACUGCCGCGGUGGACCUGGAGACAGAUCACCUCAUCCAGACGACCAUCCGAAAUGAGUUCUCCCAGAGCACGGUCAUCACCAUCGCCCACAGGCUGCACACCAUCAUGGACAGCGACAAGAUAAUGGUCCUAGACAACGGCAGGAUCGUAGAGUAUGGCAGUCCUGAAGAACUGCUGGCCAAAUCUGGCCUCUUCUAUUCCAUGGCCAAAGAAGCUGGCAUUGAGAAUGUGAACAACACAGCUCUGUAGCAGCAAGUCCCACGGGGAAGAGGACGUUCCGUAUUUACAUUUGUGUGUGUGACUAUGUUAUAGGUGAGAAGCUGGGCUUAAAAUACACUUUUUCUUUUUGAGAUGGGUCUCACUAGGGUACUCAAGCUGGCUUCAAACUCUGAGGAUCAUUUUUUAAAAUCCUCAUAAAUUCACUAAGAAAAUGCAUAUUACUGGGUCCUUUUCUCAGUUGCCCCAUCCUUGCCAACUACCUGUCUCAGAUAUAACCAUUUUCCUGAAUUUCAUAAUUAUUCCUUUGUCAUUUUAGGUUUGCUACCUUUGUAUAUUUAAACAAUAUAUGUCAUUUUAUCUUAUGUAAUCACCUUGUAUCUGUCCUUUUAUGACUCCAUUCUUUUGUUUGAUAAUAUAUUUGAGCUCCAUCCAUGUUGAAACAAAUAGUGAGGUCCAUUCAUUUCACCAUUCUUCUAUAGAUGCUGUUGUAUAAAUAUAUUACAAUUUAUCCACUUAA